AUGGAGUGGACGACGGUGGAGACGGGGGACGGCGCGAAGCUGAGCGUGCGGCUGUUCAAGCCCCCCGCGUCCGGGGCGGAGCCGGACCCGGGGGAGGACGUGGCGGUGGUGCUGGUGCACCCCUACACCAUCCUCGGCGGCGUGCAGGGCCUGCUGCGGGGGAUGGCGGAGGGCGUCGCGCGGCGGGGGUACACCGCCGUCACCUUCGACAUGCGCGGCGCCGGCCGGUCCACGGGGCGGGCGUCGCUCACGGGCUCCACCAAGGUCGGGGACGUCGUCGCCGUCUGCCGAUGGGUCGCAGAGAACAUCAUGCCGCGCAGCAUCCUCCUCGUCGGAUCCUCAGCUGGUAGGUUCCACUUUCGCUUCUCCCUGAUGUGGCGAAACCCUGUCGCGAUCCGUACCUUUUCUUUUCAGUUCAUGGGAGCGUUAAUCAGUCAAAUAUGA